AUGGACAAAGCAGCUGAACUCAUGUGGCAGCCGGAGGAUUCACCUGGCAAAGCAGAACAGCAAGAGCAAAGCCCUCAUGAUGGAGACAAAGCAGAAGUGCUGGGACAGCCUGCACACAGCAAGGACAAGCCACCCCAGAGCCAUACCCUCCAGUGGGAAACUCUAGGCAGGCAGUUUGUAGAGUAUGAGCAGGUGGCUCCAUUUCUCAUCCCAGAGGAGCAACAGAGAAGGUUGCUGGACUUUCUUCCCCUCUUCUUAAAGGCCUGGGAACAGUCUUCUGGAGUAAUGAUAUUCCCCAACAUUCAGCUGUUAGCCAGUGAGGUGUCCAAGCUUCUGGCAAAAGAAAUCAAGAGGAACCUUAAUGGCAAACCUGCAGAGGAAGCUCGUCUGGCUUUGGAGCAAUUGCUACAACAGAAAGGGGAAGCAGAAGAUGUCUGCGUGCUCCUGAAAUCAGUGUAUCUGCUCUCACAGACUGACCUGAGAACUAUGUGGAACAUCAUUGGAUCUGGCCUUCCAGCUGCUCUGAUGCAGUGCCUCUACCUUUUCUUUACUUUUCCUCUGAAGAAAACCAGUGAUGGUGGAGAGACAAGUGAGGAUGACACGCAGACUCAGGAAAUGCUUGUUAAGAUAAUGCUUAACAUGUACAGAGAGGAACAAGGUGUAGAGGAACUUCUGGCAGCUGAUAAACUUCAGUCAUUAAUUAUAGCAACUGCUUCCCUCUGGGACCAGUGUAGCCACUCGUGGAAAGCACCUACGGGCCGUGUGCUGAGAACAAUUUCAAAGGCUCAGACCAAAAACAGCAUUGUGUACCUACAAGCUGUAGACUGCAUUAAAAUAGCUAUUCAGAAUCUCUUUAAACUGGCUGAUACCCUGCCUGCUUGUGAUGUGUGUGAAGCUGCUAGUAUUGUCCUGUGCUUUGUGAAACAUUCCUAUCCCAUAUCAUCAGCUUUGUUAACAGAGUUUGAAAAUAAUGAUGGCUACCAACUCCUGCUAAAAAUUUUACUCAGAUGUGAGGGACUGCAGCAAAAUGAAGGAGACCCUUAUAUGGAUGAGAUCUUGGACAUGUUGACUUGCCUUACAACCUGUGGAAAAACUGAACUGAAAGUCUCUGGCAAUAUUGUACACCCACAAUUACCACAUUUUGACUUUGAACGGACACGGUCUUCUGGAAUGACAGUGAAAAACCUCCAGGCUUUUCAGGUGUUGCAGUCCAUUUUCCAAAAAAGUAAUGAUCAGCACCUAUGUGGAAGAAUCUUGGCAGCAAUCGGUACCAUAUGGGCCUGGGACACAGUGAACUUCUUUCUUCUGGAAUGGACACUACAACCUAUCAACCAGUUUACUGACAUAAUCCAUUUCAAACCACACCCAGUCCAAGUCCAGUUCUUCACACUGGUGGAGUCCAUAGUGCUAGACCUGUCCUAUGUCCCCCAUGAAAUUUUGAAGAAGGUUCAGUAUUUGAUAAAGGAAAACACAGUGCCAUUCUGCACCUUAACAGCUCUCCGGUGCCUUCUCACCAUGACCAAGAAGGACCUGCUAUUCAGUGACAUAUUCCGUGACUCUGGGCUCUUGGGCCUACUGCUGGCACUUUUGAGGAAGCAAGCCAAGAUCCUGCGGAAGUCAGCUGGAACCCAUCUGCCUGGUCUGGUAGAAGGCACUGAGAAGGAAUUAAAUGCUGUGAUGCUGAAGAUGGUGGCUGCCCUUACGGUGGGGUCUGUGAGGAACACUGGUAAGAAAUGAUGAAUGACUGUAUUACCUUUGUGAUAUUUGAUGGUAAGUGGCCAUGAUGCCUCUGAAGGGGCACCAACAAAUUUUCUGACUUUUGUGCCUCAGCAAGAAGUGU